AUGUUAUUAAUAUUAUUAUAGGUGGUCUUUGCGGAUAGGCUCUUGACUCCAGCCAAAAGGCAUGUCUAUGAAUAGAUUCCUCACACUUUCUACUCUCCAAAUGUCGAUUCUACACUCCUCCUUCAAUACAAUAGCUACCCAGGAGUUUAUAGCAUGGAGCUUGGAGAAAUCGUUGAUGGCGACUAUAUUCGAAUUCAUCCUAAUGUGACUCUGGAUCCAUUCACAUUGCCCGGAUGCAAUUAAUACGAAAGAAGGUUGAUAUAUAAACAUUUAGUAAAUCAAUCAACCCAAUCAACCAAUGCAUUUUUGACUAAUAUGUACAUCGAUGAUAAUCUUGUAUUUGUUACAAGAAGUGAUAAUUCAAUUCUGAUUUUCGAAAUUGUCCUUGAUAUGCUUGAUAGAUCAGUGAAUGAUUUAAAACUAAAAAGCAUACAAACAACACAUGGUAAUAGUUCUGAACAUCACAUUGCCUGUUUCAAUAAAACAUGUGCUGUGUUUGGUUAGGAUUCAGCUUUUCUAUUCAAGGAUCCAGAUUUUCAGCUAAUAGAUUUAGAGAAGAAUGGUUAAGGCCAAAUAUUUCCAACAAGAAUUUACUUCGAUGAAAAAUUGAAUGCCCUUUAUUUAAUUUAUGGUACAAAUCUAGUUGAAGUUUAUCAAUUUACUGAGACAACUCUUUUGAAAUUUACAUCAUUUACUGCUGGGUCGGAAAUUGUAUCAGUCAGAACUAAUCCUGAAUCAACUAUCCUAUAUUUACUAGACAAGUCUGCUGGACUGCUUUUCUAUAGGAUAUUGUCUAUAGGAGAAUAUUAGAAUACAGGGUUUAUGAUCAAUUUGAAGAAUUGUUAAUAGUUUGAUUUUUAUGAAGAUACAUUUUUCUUGGUUGCUGAAACAAUGGAUGGAAUUCCGUAUGCACUUGAAGUUCUAGUGAAUGAAGAUUCAUACUACUUUAAUAAAAUUUAUUCUAAAGAUAUGGAUAUUUUUGAUGUUUGGGUUGGAGAACAUGUAGCUAUUUUGAUUGGAUCUGAAGUUCAUAGAGUAAUAUAUCACUCAGUCUUUAACAAAUUUAUCACUGAAAGUGAAACCCCCUUAUUCUUCUAAGAUAUUGAUCUAAUGAAUGUCGAAGAAUUUAGAAAGUGGGAAUCCACAACGUAUUCAAAAAAUGCCAUUGAAUAAGACCCUUUUUCUAAGACUUCCUUCCAAUACAGAUAAUUUUUUAUGGUUGGCAUUUCUAGCUCUUAACUUUCCAUAUUUUCAAUUAAAUCCAUAUCUCCAUGGCUAUAAUGCAAACCCACUAGCACGAAUUCUACUCAGUAUUUCCUGAAGAUGAAUGCCACUAAUUGUCCAACGAAAAUAAAAGAAAAUGAUCAUUCAGCAUUCAAAUAAUGUAUAAUAAUGCAUAAUUUCACAUUGACAGGCAAAGAAAUCUAUUUUUAUGAAUAAGACUAAAUGACUGUUAUCAUUGGAGGCUGCGCUUUGAUUGGUUUUGUAUUGAUAUUGAUCAUUGCAGUUGUUUGCGUUAAGAAAUAUUUGGAUAGUAAGAUAGAACAAUAUAGAGCCAUGAACAAAGAUCAUAUUAGACUUGAUGAAUUAGAAGCUGAUUCAAUUCCCUCAGAAAAUGUUAUAGUAUGA